AUGGGUAGGGCGAAGCUGAACAUGGAACUCAUACCGAAGGAGAAAUCAAGAAACGUGACUUACAAGAAACGAAAAGAGGGCCUCGUCCGAAAAAUGCACGAGUUCACGACGUUGUGCGACGUGAGCGCGUGCAUGAUCAUCUACGGCCCGAAACAACAAGAGCACGACUCGGAGCCCGAAACCUGGCCUCGGGACCCGGACGAGGUCCGGCGCAUCGUCGACAUCUACCGGGCCAAGAGCAAGGACUCGGGCAACAAGACCUUCGGACUGCCCGACUUUUUCCACGACCGCAAGCGGAAGAUCGAGGACGAGCUGGCCAAGCUCCGGAAGAAGAAUCUCGAGGCCAAGUACCCCACGUGCCCCGACUUCAUGGGCCUCAUGACCGAAGCCCGGUUGAGGGAGUUUGCGGCCAGCCUCAUGGUGAAGGCCGACCACGUCCGGUCGAGGAUCGAGCAGCUCCGGCGGAGCGUGGACUCGAGAGGGGUAGAGAUAUUGGACAUUGUGAGGCCCGAUAAUUUGGACGUGGGCCCGGCCCAGUACCCGGCGGUGGACUACCACCACCACUACCAGAACAACUCGAUGAUGAUGAUGCUGCUGAUGAAUGAGAACGAGCACCGGAUGCAAUUCGGGCCUGUUGGGCCCAACGUGUCGUACAAGCGGCAGCAAGUUUUGUACGAGACAAUGGGGGUGCAGCCUGCGGGUGUGAUGGGCCACAGCCCGAAGCAGCAGGCCCGAUACUAUGGCCUGCCGAUGGCGGUGGUGCAGCCGCCUUACGUGCAGAUGGUGCCGCCGAUGCAGUUGCCGAUGCCGAUGCUGCAGUUUCCAAAGGGGGACGGUGGUUUUGGUAAUGAUGUCAUGAAUGGUGGUAUUGAUGAUGAUGGUGUUGGGCAAGAGGAUGUGGUUAAUCAGUAUUAUAGUAAUAAUAACAUUAGUAAUAGGGUGAAGUACUAUGAGUAG